GACUAGUAAGUACAAAUCCUCUACUAACGACCCUGAAAAUAGAAGCUAAAAACUGUGUUACUUCAGUUAUUGGAACCCAUUGAUUCGAGACCGCCUCUACGCGGUGGUAAUCUUCCCCCCUGAAAUUACUCGCCGUUUCUGUAUAAAAUAUUAGCUUAGUCUUCCUUUUCUCUAGCACUGAAUGUCGGUAUCGCAUAGGAUCGUUUACUCUUUCAUCCCCAAACUCCAUUCUCCAACUACUUCUAGAACCUUCCUCUUCUUUCAAUCUCGUUCUCUCACGUUCGCUAGCUCGCUCUUCUCUUCACCCAUGCCGAACAAUCAGAGAAGGGGUGGUCAUAAAGAGAAAAGAUGGCAAGCGAGGCCAAGUUCCAACAGGGAAACAGGCUCGUCUUCAAAUGGCGAACCUGUAUCUGCUGCAACUACUGGAGCCAUUACCAACCGUCUAAAUUCCUUGGAUAUUAGUGAAGGUGUUGCACAGUCUAGUGCUCCAGUGGUAUCUCUUCAAGUUGGGAGCAUUGGAUUAGCAACCCAGUCACCUGUACAGAAUCAAAAAGUCAUCUGGAAACCCAAAGCAUAUGGAACAGUGUCUGGACCCCCAACAAUUGAAGCUGAAAAAACAUCAAAUGAGCAAAAGAAUGCUAAUUUAAGUAAAUUAUUCAAGGAUAAUUUAUUGGAAAACUUUACUGUAGACAACUCAACAUUUUCCAGAGCCCAAGUAAGGGCUACUUUCUACCCAAAAUUUGAGAAUGAGAAGUCUGAUCAGGAGAUUAGGUCAAGGAUGAUAGAGAUGGUGUCCAAAGACUUGGCUACAAUGGAGGUCUCACUUAAGCAUUCUGGAUCUCUUUUUAUGUAUGCUGGGCAUGCGGGUGGAGCAUAUGCCAAGAAUAGCUUCGGGAAUAUCUACACUGCUGUUGGUGUCUUUGUUCUUGGACGGAUGUUUCGUGAGGCAUGGGGUACUCAAGCAAGCAAGAAGCAAGCAGAGUUCAACGAGUUUCUUGAGUGCAAUCACAUGUGCAUAUCAAUGGAGUUGGUCACAGCAGUAUUGGGGGACCACGGACAACGCCCACGAGAUGAUUAUGCGGUUGUGACUGCAGUCACAGAGUUGGGAAAUGGAAAACCAAAGUUCUAUUCAACUCCCGAUGUAAUCGCUUUUUGCAGGGAAUGGAGACUACCAACCAAUCAUGUAUGGCUGUUCUCAACAAGGAAAUCUGUGACUUCCUUCUUUGCUGUGUUUGAUGCACUCAGCGAGGAAGGUACAGCAGCAACCGUUUGCCAGGCUCUUGACGAAGUUGCUGAUAUUUCUGUACCUGGAUCAAAAGACCAUAUAAAAGUGCAGGGUGAAAUUUUGGAGGGCCUUGUGGCUCGCAUUGUAAAGCGUGAGAGCUCAGAGCACAUGGAACGGGUUCUGAAAGAUUUUCCUCCUCCGCCAUUAGAGGGUGGUAAGCUGAUUAUUUCCUAUAUGGUCUCACCAAACUCUGUACCGAUAUUUAUUGGAGUUUUAGAUGUUUUAUUUACAUGCUUAAAUGAAGUAGUGAGAAAAUUGUUUUGUUAGGUGGUGUAAUUUUCA